AUGGCCAUGAAUAUGAUUGAAUUAAUACAGCUGGGGUGCAAGUGUGACAGAUUGCCGUUCGAAGUGCCUCGUGGCCUCGAUCACUCCGUCCUGACCACCCGUGCCCAGUGCCACUUCUGCUUCCUCGGAGGUCCUGGGGUCCGUGGCGAGCGUCCUGAUCGUGUGGGUUGUGACCGGCCUCCUGUGGCAGCGGCGGUGGAGAGGGUUAAGGGCGAGGCCUACACGCUAGAUCCCGACAUUAUGCUCCUUAUGGCUGGUCUCGGGAUCGCCAUCAACUUGGUCAUCGCCCUCAUCCUCCACGGCUGCGGCUGCCACGGCCACUUCCACAGCGCCUACAAGAGUGAGAAGCAGAACAUCAACGUGCGGGCGGCUCUCGUGCACGUGGUGGCGGACACGUUGCAGACCGUGGCCGUCAUGGCUGCAGCCGUGGUUGUUAAGUUCUGGCCGGAGUACAAAAUCGCCGACCCGAUCCUGACCUUCGUGUUCGGCUUCAUCGUGGUGGUGACGACGCUGCCCAUCCUCCGCGACCUCGCCCACGUGCUGAUGGAGGGGACGCCGAGGAACGUGGACUACGGCGCCCUCCUGAACGACCUGGAGGGGCUGCCGGGCGUGAGGACGGUCCACAACCUGCACAUCUGGUCCCUAACGCUGGAUAAGAACGCGCUCUCCGUGCAUCUGGGGAUCGUAUCCGUUUUCAUGAAUGUGUCUGUGAGUCCAUACGUGUACGUUUAA